AUGGCCUUUCCCUACCUCCAGCCCGCGCUGUACAUGAAGAUCCACGUCGGUGAGCAUACACCCCAGGGAUUCAUCAAAUCGGUCGAUGAAUUCAAGCCGUAUAUCGAUGCCACUAUUACCUUCGGCAGCGACUGGCUCUCGUCCGACUCUCUCGACAUGCUGCCACGUAUGAAUAUGAUCGGCCUUGCGCAAAACCAUGAUGGCAUCCCCUUUGCAUUCCGGUUCGACGGUAUAGUAGCCAUCUCUCGGGACGCGGUAACUCCUACGACGAGUGCAUGCACUGUAGCGCCCAAGACUGCCCCAUUUGGCUACUCGACCACUAACCACUCCUUUUCCAGUGGCCACGAGUCUUUUCAAGAUAUGCUAAAAUAUUCUUAUGUUGGCCACAGCAGAUACACCGUCACCGGAAAUGGCAUUCUGGUCGAAUGCUUCGUGUCCAGGCUGACGCAUGUUUGCUGA